AAAAAAAGAAAACAUUGAAACAUUGAAAGUCUAACCUCAUCCCUAAUUAGACCAAACCAAACAGACUUUCUCUCUCUCUCUCUCUCUCUUCUUUUCUUCUUUUAUCUUUCUUUUAUCCAACGAUGAAACCCUAAGCAAUCCCUCUUUAUAUCUCUCUACUUCGUUUCCCGAUGCUUUAAUAUGAGGGUUCUCUUCAGAUCUGGUCCACCUCAGAUAUAAUGCAUUUUGACGAAGUAUUUUAGAUGGAUGAUGAUAGUGCAGAUGGAUAAAAUGUCUGCUCCUUCAUCCAGGGAGCGCGCACAGCGUCUUUAUGAGAAGAAUAUAGAGUUGGAAAAUAAUCGUAGGAGAUCAGCUCAGGCACGAAUACCUUCAGAUCCCAAUGCCUGGCAGCAAAUGCGUGAGAACUAUGAGGCAAUAAUUCUUGAGGACCAUGCUUUUUCUGAGCAGCACAAUAUUGAAUAUGCUUUGUGGCAGUUACAUUACAAGCGGAUUGAGGAACUAAGAGCACAUUAUAGUGCUGCUCUAGCAUCUGCAGGAUCAAAUGCAUCUCAGGGUGUGAAAAUUCCUCCACGACCUGACCGGCUAACAAAAAUAAGACUGCAGUUUAAGACUUUCCUUUCAGAGGCAACAGGAUUUUAUCAUGAUCUGAUUUUGAAAAUCAGAGCAAAGUAUGGACUUCCAUUUGGGUACUUUUCUGAUGAUUCAGGAAGCCGAAUUGUUAUGGACAAAGAUGGGAAGAAAUCUGCUGACAUAAAAAAAGGUUUGGUGUCAUGUCACCGUUGUUUGAUAUACUUGGGAGACCUAGCACGGUACAAAGGAUUAUAUGGAGAUGGAGACUCUAAAUCACGUGAAUAUGCAGCAGCUUCAAGUUACUACUUGCAAGCUGCAUCAAUUUGGCCAUCAAGUGGGAAUCCACAUCAUCAGCUAGCUAUAUUGGCGUCCUACUCUGGAGAUGAGCUGGUGGCUGUUUAUCGAUAUUUUCGGAGUUUGGCAGUGGAUAAUCCCUUUACAACUGCUAGGGAUAACUUGGUCGUUGCAUUUGAGAAGAAUCGUCAUAAUUACUCUCAGCUUCCUGGGGAUGUUAAUACUCCCUUGGUCAAGGAGCCUGCUGUAAGGUUAUCAGGAAAGGGUAGAGGGAAAGUGGAAGCAAAACUUGCAUCUAACGAUGCCAACAGGGAAUCAAGCCCUGCUAAUGAGAAAGUAUCUGGUGUUCAGGAUACUUUGAAGUCCUUUUGCAUUCGAUUUGUGCGAUUAACUGGCAUUCUUUUUACACGCACAAGCCUGGAGACAUUUGCUGAUGUUCUUUCUCUGGUUAGCCAUGAUUUAUGUGAACUUCUCUCCUCGGGGCCAGAAGAGGAACUGAAUUUUGGCAUAGAUGCUGCUGAGAAUGCACUUCUCCUUGUUAGGCUGGUUUCCAUUCUUGUAUUCACAGUUCACAAUCUGAAGAGGGAGAGUGAAGGUCAAUCAUAUGCUGAAAUUGUACAGCGUGCUGCAUUACUUCAGAAUGCAUUCACUUCCGUUUUUGAGUUGAUGGGACAUAUAGUGGAGAGAUGUUCACAGCUCCAGGAUAUUUCUUCCAGCUACACCUUACCUGCUAUUCUGGUUUUUGUAGAAUGGUUGGCUUGCUGUCCAGAUGUUGCAGCAGCUGGCAGUGAUGUGGAUGAGAAACAGUCAAUUACUAGAUCACUUUUCUGGAAACAUUGCAUAUCAUUUCUGAAUAAGAUCUUGUCAAUUAGGCCAAUGUGCAUUGAUUAUGAUGAAGAUGAGACCUGCUUUUUCAAUAUGAGCAGGUAUGAAGAAGGAGAAACUGAAAACCGUCUUGCACUGUGGGAGGACUUUGAGUUGCGAGGGUUCUUGCCUCUUGUUCCGGCACACACCAUUUUGGACUUCUCAAGGAAACAUUCCUUUGUAAGUGAUGGCGAUAAAGAAAAGAAAGCUCGUAUCAAGAGAAUUUUAGCAGCUGGGAAGGCUUUAGCUAAUGUCAUUAGGGUUGAUCAGAAAAAUGUUUGUUUUGAUUCAAAAGCAAAGAAAUUUCUUAUUGGUGUUGAGCCAUCUGAAGAUGUCACAUUCAGCUUUUCUACCCCACUGGCAACAAAUGGUAUGGGGCAUGAAACCCCAUUUGAGAAGACAAUUAGUAUUGGAAAUAUGCGGACAACCCCUCAACCUAGAAUGGUUGGGGAAGAAGAUGAUGAUGAUGAAGUGAUUGUUUUCCAGCCGGCUGUGAGUGAGAAGAGAACUGAAGUGAUUGGUCCCAACAUGCCCCCCUCUGAGACUUUGAAGCUUGAUCAAAGUAGCUCUGCAGGUGAUCUCAAAUUUUAUGGCAGUACCAUGUCUGUUCCUCAUAAUAGUGUUCGUCAACAUAAUACAUUUGAUGCUAGUUCUCCACUGUCGGUAUCUGUUGGUAGCAUUCUCCCUCAGCAUCUGCAGCCUGUUCAAAUGCAUGCAUCUGGGUGGUCUGUGGAAGAAGCUACUUCUCUGAUUAGUAGCUUGAAAGGUUUGACAAUGUUGGAGAAUGGGCAUUUAACAAAACCUGAGAUGCAAGAUAACGUAGGCCUUUCUCAUCCUGCUACUCGCUCAGUUGGUAUCCAACAACCCAUCAGUGCUGGUGCUGGUGGUAUGCGCUACAGUCAGACAAAAGUGCCUGAAAAUGUGAUUGCAUCCAGAAUUGAUGCUAUUAUGUCAUCUGGAGUUACCACUGAUGCUUUGGCUGCUAAAGCUACCUUAGCUUCGCAAGGUGGGAUGCGGAAGAACCCAGUUAGCCGCCCAGCUAGGAAUCUUGGUCCUCCACCAGGUUUUAGCCCUGUUCCUCCAAAGCCACCACACGUAUCUGUUUCUGCAUCAGAUUUGGAGAACCCCCUUAUGGAUGAUUAUAGUUGGUUGGAUGGAUAUCAGUUGACAUCAUCAUUGAAAGGCGCGGGACUUAAUAGUUCCCUCAAUCAUGCAUUUCAUGCAGAUUCCCAGUAUGUCAAUAAUAGUAGCAAUGGCUUGACUGAAACAGUAACUUUUCCUUUCCCUGGAAAACAGGUUCCAACAGUGCAGUUUGAAAUGGAAAGGCAGGGCUGGCAGGAUUACCAUACUCUUGAGCAUCUGAAAAUUCAACAUGGACAGAUGUUGCAGCAACAGCAACAGCAACAGCAACUCAUGAAAGGAAACCAGCAGUUUACCUCACUGCCUGAGCAGUAUCAAGGACAAUCACUCUGGACAGGUCGUUAUUUUGUGUGAGAUCACUAUGCAAGUGUAGCUGGUUCUUGAGAAUGAUUCCCAUGAAUGUAUUGCAUCCAUUUGCUGCCAAAUUCAACUCCAACUUUGAAGCAUUGUCAGUGUUGAGUUUUUGUUGGAGCACGGGUGGCCUUGGCUUCUUGCAGGCACUUGCUGCUAAACAAAUUUGAGGAAGACUGAGGAAACCAUCUUUUAAGAUGCAAAACUUGCAAGGAGUAAAUGCCUUUAACUGGUUACUUGGGAUGGAGAUAGAACGUGUUAAUAAGAUCUGUUGGUUUUGGGGCUAUAUGUUGAGGAGUUGGUCGAAUAAACUUGGUUUACUAUCCUAUUAACUUUCCAGUGGUCUGCCUAAAUUGCUGUUAAAAAUUAGCAGCCGGCAGUCGAUAGCAUAUGAUGUGCUCGACCAGUUCUCUGCAGAUGAGCUUCAGAGGUCUAGUCGAGAGGUCUACUAGGUAUGAUCUGCAUGUCAGUCGUCGGACAGUGGGAUUGGGAUUAUGGUGGUGCUUUUGACUAGCAGAAUGUGUGGGUGAGUAUUGAGUGAUGUGUACGUGUAAUAUCUGGGUCAAAGACUUCUUUAUGUUAUCAUGCUUUUACUGGCUAGGACGAGUGAUGUGGAACACAAAAAGUAGUGUCUUUACUUGAAGUUGGGGUUUACUCAAAACUUCUUCUGUAUUGAAAUAAAUCUAUGGAGAAUAUCUUUUUCUGGGUCA